AUGGGAGGAUGGGAAAAGAUGAUUGCUAAUUGCUUCAAUUUGUUUCCUCUUGGCCUAUGCCUUCAGAUUACUACACCUGGUUUGUCCGACUUUACCUGGAAAUUUCACGGCGAUCCGCAGCAUCCGCCAGGGAUCGUGGUUCGCACUCUCUCCACAGAGGGCGAACAACAAUCAAAUCUCAGGAUCCUCCCCUCCACCCGGAGAGACUUGCUAAUUAGGUCUAAAUUUGUGAAGUCAAUCGCUUUCGAGAAGAUGUGUAACUCAGCGGAGAAGUGCCCAUUUCAUGUGUUGAAAUGUCAGCAAGAUGUGAGAAAGAUACCUUCAAAGCAGGAUGGCGUGUACGGCUCCGAAUUCUCUAACACCUUGGUUGCACCAGUGACAGAUGUGUCCAUGUGCCGGUUGGCUUUAUCUGUUAAUCCAUGCAAUGUCUUGGAAUUCGCCGGCCUGGAUACGAGCGAUCACGCACGAGCAGGAUCACGUAUCUAUGUCACAUGA